AUGGAGAACGUCCAGAAAACUUCAGAGAACGUCCGGAGAACUUCAAAAAACGUCCGGACUGCGGAGAACAACAGAGAACGUCCGGAGGAGUUCAAAGAACGUCCGAAGGAGUUCAGAGAACGUCCGGAGGAGUUGAGAGAACGACCGGAGGAGUUCAGAGAACGUCCGGAGGAGUCCAGAGAAUGUCCGGAGGAGUUCAGAGAACGUCUGGAGGAGUCCAGAGAACGUCCGGAGGAGUUUAGAGAACGUCCGGAGGAGUUCAGAGAACGUCCGGAGGAGUUCAGAGAACGUCCGGAGGAGUUCAGAGAACGUCCGGAGGAGUUCAGAGAACGUCCGGAGGAGUUCAGAGAACGUCCGGAGGAGUUCAGAGAACGUCCGGAGGAGUUCAGAGAAGAGAACGUCCAGGAGGAGUUCAGAGAACGUCCAGGAGGAGUUCAGAGAACGUCCGGAGGAGUUCAGAGAACGUCCAGGAGGAGUUCAGAGAACGUCCAGGAGGAGUUCAGAGAACGUCCAGGAGGAGUUCAGAGAACGUCCAGGAGGAGUUCAGAGAACGUCCACGAGGAGUUCAGAGAACGUCCGGAGGAGUUCAGAGAACGUUCGGAGGAGUUCAGAGAACGUCCGGAGGAGUUCAGAGAACGUCCGGAGGAGUUCAGAGAACGUCCGGAGGAGUUCAGAGAACGUCCGGAGGAGUUCAGAGAACGUCCGGAGGAGUUCAGAGAACGUCCGGAGGAGUUCAGAGAACGUCCGGAGGAGUUCAGAGAACGUCCGGAGGAGUUCAGAGAACGUCCGGAGGAGUUCAGAGAACGUCCGGAGGAGUACAGAGAACGUCCAGGAGGAGUUCAGAGAACGUCCGGAGGAGUUCAGAGAACGUCCAGGAGGAGUUCAGAGAACGUCCAGGAGGAGUUCAGAGAACGUCCAGGAGGAGUUCAGAGAACGUCCAGGAGGAGUUCAGAGAACGUCCAGGAGGAGUUCAGAGAACUCCAGGAGGAGUUCAGAGAACGUCCGGAGGAGUUCAGGGAACGUCCGGAGGAGUUCAGGGAACGUCCGGAGGAGUUCAGGGAACGUCCGGAGGAGUUCAGGGAACGUCCGGAGGAGUUCAGAGAACGUCCGGAGGAGUUCAGAGAACGUCCGGAGGAGUUCAGAGAACGUCCGGAGGAGUUCAGAGAACGUCCGGAGGAGUUCAGAGAACGUCCGGAGGAGUUCAGAGAACGUCCGGAGGAGUUCAGAGAACGUCCGGAGGAGUUCAGAGAACGUCCGGAGGAGUUCAGAGAACGUCCGGAGGAGUUCAGAGAACGUCCGGAGGAGUUCAGAGAACGUCCGGAGGAGUUCAGAGAACGUCCGGAGGAGUUCAGAGAACGUCCGGAGGAGUUCAGAGAACGUCCGGAGGAGUUCAGAGAACGUCCGGAGGAGUUCAGAGAACGUCCGGAGGAGUUCAGAGAACGUCCGGAGGAGUUCAGAGAACGUCCGGAGGAGUUCAGAGAACGUCCGGAGGAGUUCAGAGAACGUCCGGAGGAGUUCAGAGAACCUCCGGGAGAAAUCAGAGAACGGUCGGAGGAGUUCAGAGAACGUUCGGAAGAGUUCAUAGAACGUCCGGAGGAGUUCAGAGAACGUCCGGAGGAGUUCAGAGAACCUCCGGGAGAAAUCAGAGAAUGGUCGGAGGAGUUCAGAGAACGUUCGGAAGAGUUCAUAGAACGUCCGGAGGAGUUCAGAGAACGUCCGGAGGAGUUCAGAGAACGUCCGGAGGAGUUCAGAGAACGUCCGGAGGAGUUCAGAGAACGUCCGGAGGAGUUCAGAGAACGUCCGGAGGAGUUCAGAGAACGUCCGGAGGAGUUCAGAGAACGUCCGGAGGAGUUCAGAGAACGUCCGGAGGAGUUCAGAGAACGUCCGGAGGAGUUCAGAGAACGUCCGGAGGAGUUCAGAGAACGUCCGGAGGAGUUCAGAGAACGUCCGGAGGAGUUCAGAGAACGUCCGGAGGAGUUCAGAGAACGUCCGGAGGAGUUCAGAGAACGUCCGGAGGAGUUCAGAGAACGUCCGGAGGAGUUCAGAGAACGUCCGGAGGAGUUCAGAGAACGUCCGGAGGAGUUCAGAGAACGUCCGGAGGAGUUCAGAGAACGUCCGGAGGAGUUCAGAGAACGUCCGGAGGAGUUCAGAGAACGUCCGGAGGAGUUCAGAGAACGUCCGGAGGAGUUCAGAGAACGUCCGGAGGAGUUCAGAGAACGUCCGGAGGAGUUCAGAGAACGUCCGGAGGAGUUCAGAGAACGUCCGGAGGAGUUCAGAGAACGUCCGGAGGAGUUCAGAGAACGUCCGGAGGAGUUCAGAGAACGUCCGGAGGAGUUCAGAGAACGUCCGGAGGAGUUCAGAGAACGUCCGGAGGAGUUCAGAGAACGUCCGGAGGAGUUCAGAGAACGUCCGGAGGAGUUCAGAGAACGUCCGGAGGAGUUCAGAGAACCUCCGGGAGAAAUCAGAGAACGGUCGGAGGAGUUCAGAGAACGUUCGGAAGAGUUCAUAGAACGUCCGGAGGAGUUCAGAGAACGUCCGGAGGAGUUCAGAGAACCUCCGGGAGAAAUCAGAGAAUGGUCGGAGGAGUUCAGAGAACGUUCGGAAGAGUUCAUAGAACGUCCGGAGGAGUUCAGAGAACGUCCGGAGGAGUUCAGAGAACGUCCGGAGGAGUUCAGAGAACGUCCGGAGGAGUUCAGAGAACGUCCGGAGGAGUUCAGAGAACGUCCGGAGGAGUUCAGAGAACGUCCGGAGGAGUUCAGAGAACGUCCGGAGGAGUUCAGAGAACGUCCGGAGGAGUUCAGAGAACGUCCGGAGGAGUUCAGAGAACGUCCGGAGGAGUUCAGAGAACGUCCGGAGGAGUUCAGAGAACGUCCGGAGGAGUUCAGAGAACGUCCGGAGGAGUUCAGAGAACGUCCGGAGGAGUUCAGAGAACGUCCGGAGGAGUUCAGAGAACGUCCGGAGGAGUUCAGAGAACGUCCGGAGGAGUUCAGAGAACGUCCGGAGGAGUUCAGAGAACGUCCGGAGGAGUUCAGAGAACGUCCGGAGGAGUUCAGAGAACCUCCGGGAGAAAUCAGAGAACGGUCGGAGGAGUUCAGAGAACGUUCGGAAGAGUUCAUAGAACGUCCGGAGGAGUUCAGAGAACGUCCGGAGGAGUUCAGAGAACCUCCGGGAGAAAUCAGAGAACGGUCGGAGGAGUUCAGAGAACGUUCGGAAGAGUUCAUAGAACGUCCGGAGGAGUUCAGAGAACGUCCGGAGGAGUUCAGAGAACCUCCGGGAGAAAUCAGAGAACGGUCGGAGGAGUUCAGAGAACGUUCGGAAGAGUUCAUAGAACGUCCGGAGGAGUUCAGAGAACAGUUUUUCAGCCGUUAG